UUCGUCACUUCCGCUUCCGGGAAGGGUGUUGUUGUUUGCGUCGAGGGGGUGUUCCUCCCUGGUGCCUUGGCGAAGUCCCUGCUGCAGGAGCAGGCGGAGGGGAUUGGCAGGGCCCUUCCGGAGCCCGGUUUCCUGGAAGAGGAGGAGGAGGAGAAGGCGCAGUGCGGAAGGAAGGAAGGAAGGAAGCAAGAGACGGAGAGGCUGAGUCUGUCUUAUGGUAUCUUCUUCCUUGGGAAGACAACAUGACAGAAGGCUGGAUAGAUUGCCCCUCAUUGGGACCUGGUUGGAAGCGUCGUCAAGUCUUACGUAAAAAUGGAACAAGAACUGGACAGUCAGAUACGUAUUACAUGAGCCCUAGAGGUGAGAAGAUCCGCAGCAGAGUGGAGCUGAAUAAGUUGCUUGGAUGUUCUCGAGACCUCACAGACUUUCAUUUCAAGAAAGGGAUUUUUGUGGAUCCAAGUACUGAGCCCCCAGUAACACCACCACCGCCACAACCAAUUGCUCGACAAAGAUUCCAGAAGGUCAAAAAGAAGAGCAAGAGGUGUCUCCCAUCUCUACCGGUAGCCACUCCUCCUGCAAAGAAACCUCCUGACUUGGAAGUGUUUGAGGAGCCUCCAGACCAAGAACCACUGGACCAGAAACCUCUAACAUCGGAGCUUGAGUUACCGGUAGAAGCCCCCACUGAAAUUCUGAUCGAGAAACAAGAGCUUCCUGUUUCUGUGCCUGAGCCAGCACCACAACCUCAGGAGCCACAACACGACACACUCCUUCUUGCUCCAGAAAAAAUAGAAGAUGGGGCAGUGCAGGAGGCUAAUCUGGAAGAAAGUAUAGCGUACUGUGCCAGUUGUCAGGGUCAGUUCCCAGGGGUGAUGCUUCCAACACAGAGACGUUGCCGGUGGCUCUGCCCAGACUGCAGAGCUCAAAGAAGGGAUUUCAACCGGGAACAGAGAUAUUACAAGCAAAUUGGCUGUGGUGUGUGCCAAGCCUGCCAGAUGUCUCAGGACUGCGGCAUCUGCAGUGUGUGUCUCAAGCGCGCCAAAAGCCCAGAGCUACACAUUGGCAUCAAAUGCCUGCUGCGCCGAUGCUUGAAGAUUGUCAAACAGGGCCUUGAAUGUGGUAUGUGUCAGGCCUGCAAGAUAACAGAAGACUGUGGUAGCUGCGUUAUCUGUUUGCGGAGGCAGAAACCAGGCAUGAAGCGGCAGUGGAAAUGCCUCAAGCGCCGCUGCCUCAAUCGCAAGAAAAGAAUAUCCCCAAAGAAAGUUGGCUACAUCUCCAAGAAGCUGACAACGGAAGCAGUCUCUUCCAAAGAUGCUUCUACUCCUGUCCGGCGUCAGCAAAAGAAGGCCACAUCGGCAACAGAUGGGCCUUUCCGGAAGGCCCAGCAGGUUCGAAAACAACGGCACAAGAAGCUAUUAGCAACAGAGCCACCACCAGAGUCCACCGAUGGGGCCCCUCUUAAGGCCCAGCAGGUCUCAGGCUGCCGUCGCCGGAAGCGCUCUCCUACUACAAAAUUGAAAUCCAGCAUGGAACUGGACAAAGGAGAUAUCCCUAUUGUGAAGCAUAGGAAGAAGCCCUUGGGGGUUGUGAAAGAAAUAAAGAAAGUGGGUCGUCCCCGCAAGCAUCCUGUAGACAUACUGAAGAACAGUGUGCAUGCCUCCAAAAGCCGACGCAGUCGAAAGUGUGGUAAAUGUGAAGCUUGCCAACUGAGAACAGAUUGCGGCCGUUGCGACUUCUGCUGUGACAAGCCCAAGUUUGGUGGGCAGAACAUGAAGCGCCAGAAGUGCCGCUGGAGGCAGUGCCUGGAGUUUGCGAUGAAGCGGCUGCUUCCUGAAGAGUGGAGCAGCCCAGAGGCGGUGGGGCCAGCAGCAGCAGGCUGGAAAGUCAGGAGGAGGAGGAGGAAAAGGAUUGCCUUCGGUGGCCACAGCCACAAGCCAACAGGGAUCAAGCAGGUGGGGCAGCGGGGCAUGAAGGGGAGUGGCCAGAAGCAUCGGGCAAAAGCCAGCUUCCAGCCAGAGGAAGCUUCCUCAACCAGUGAACUGACUCACCCUCCAAAGUCGUGUAGCCUGGAGAAAGCACAGCAAAAGCAGCAGGACCAGCACCAGCAGGAGGAGCAGGUUCUCCCACUAAGGCUGAAGAAUGACCCAGAGGCGGGUGGCUUUACUGUAACCCAGGCCCCUGCGAAGGGCCAUCUUGUCCUGCCACAGUGUAUCAAAGAGGAGCCAGUGGCACCUUGCCAGCCCAGCCCACCUGCUCAGCUUGUGGUGAAGGAAUCAGAGACUAGAUUACCUGCUGUCAAUCUCCUCAUAGCCACCUCCCCCAAAAUUAAACAGGAACAUGUAGAACCAGGUGGAGACCGUCAGCCAUCCAAUGACUCUCCGGUAUCAGCUGGUCUCCCCCAGUUUAAGCGACCGCAGGGAACACAAGUCACAGAAGUGGUGGUUCUGGAUGAUGAUGAAGAUGAUGAAGUGGAGCAGCUACAGCAAAUGCGACCCCCAGUGAUAAUGGAGAUCUACAGCCUGGGUGGCAUGCAGCCUCUUGCCCAGUUGGACAACGUCUUGCGCGAGUUCUUGUCUGAGCUGAAUGAGAUUCCGCUCCCUGCUCACUGGGAGGCGCUGCCUCCACUUGGCCCCAACCUGCGGCUUGUACAGCGGUCCAAACACUCCACCAUGUCAGCAGCCGUCAUCUACAUCCGCCCAGGCCUCUACUUCCAAGUGGUGGUGGGAAACUUGCCUGUACCCCCCGAGCACGAACUCUAUGCCAGCCACCCUGCCCGCCUCACCACUGUGGACGAGGUGGUGGAGCUUAUCUGUGACUUGGAGGCCUAUCGACUGUGCUCAGGCUGGCCAGCAGGCUGGCACGCUGGCGAACGAUCUGAGGCCUGUGAUGUUCUUGUGUACUCAGGCUGCUGCCCUCAGUGCCGGCUCAACCCUUGGCCAUCAGGGAGCGGUGCCUGCUGAGAACCAAGUGGUGGAUUUGGAGUCCUGUGACUUGUCCCUGUUGGACACUGGAAAGUUUUAUUUUAACACUGGAAAAGGCUUGGUUAUCUGGAAGGAUCGUUCCUUGCCGUAAAUAACUUUAUUUUUUUCCUUCUUCUUCUUGUUGUUGUUCAAUAGCUUGCCACAGAACAUCAUGUUCUCUUGUUGUCUUCUGUCUCGCUUUCACUCGUUCACUCCUGGUAAGCUCUGCUUCUUCAUUUUGACAUGGAGCGAGAAAAGCUCUGUUUCAAAGACUAGAUACCUGUCUUGCUUCAGCCAUUUGCUCGUCAUUUGUUGCAGUGUGUACCAUGACACUUCUCAACAGUUAAGGCUCAUUGUCAGUUCUCAGCACUUCUAAGCCUUGGCAAAGUAAUACUACAAGUCAAUACAGUGGGAGUGCGGAAGGCAGCUGAUGCACUGGGGCAGACCUCCCUCUCUGUUGCUUACACUUGCUUGGACUACCCUGUCAAACCUUUGCAUUGUUCUGGUCAUUUUGAGGACUGUAGAUAUCAGCGCCAGGCAUGGAAAGGAUAGAUCGCAAGACAGUCGUUCUCAACCUGUGGGUCCCCAGGUGUUUUGGCCUACAACUCCCAGAAAUCCCAGUCAGUUUACCAGCUGUUAGGAUUUCUGGGAAUUGAAGGCCAACUCAUCUGGGGAUCCACAGGUUAAGAAUCACUACGUGUAAGAGAUGGAUGUCCUUUUCCAGAAUAAUCCUGCUGGUAGAGACUUUGCUUCUUCCUUCCGCAUAAUUCAUUUACCACUUGAAUUGUUUGCCUUGAGCUUGCAUUUUCUGUAACUGUGGGGUUGCUGAGUUAGUACAGUUAAUUCUUUUUAAGGACCAGGAAAUUUUGGGGAGCGAGGAAGAUGGGAUGGAUGUUGCUUAUGUGGGGAGGUGGCCAACUGGCAUAAUUGUAUAUGCUGAGACAUUCCAGCAUGUCCUGUUCAGGGAAGUUCAACAGAAGCCAUAGCUGUAUGUCACUUGCUAACUUCAGCCUUCAGUGUGACUGGUGACAGCAGCAGCAAGCAUUCAGUGCCCCUGAGUCUUUCCUUCACUCCUCUCACAAUCACCUUUUCCUCCCCUUCCUCCCUUUUUCCCCUCAGAGGGAAAGUGUUAGCUUAUUUCUCAAAUAAUUAUUGAAACAGAACUGGUCUCUAUUUUUUUAAUGUAUUAAAAUUUCAAUGAGCAAGGUC